CGCUAUUCCGUUUAAUCUCCAGGGUGAACGGCUCUGUGUAACAGGCUUUGACACACUCUUUAAGGCAGCCACAAGUUACCCUGAGCACAUACAGGCCUGCUGUUAAUGUGUGUCACGAAAUGAGUGAGAGUGCAGCAGUUUCCCCAGCUGCUGAGCGCCUGCGAUACAUUCUUGGAGAAGAGGAUGAUGGGCCAACUCCUACGCUGUUCACAGAGAUGGACACCCUACAACAUGACGGAGACGAGUUGGAAUGGAAGGAAUCUGCCAGAUGGGUAAAAUUUGAAGAGAAGGUCGAGGAAGGAGGGGAACGAUGGAGUAAGCCCCACGUCUCCACGUUAUCGCUGCACAGCCUGUUCGAGCUACGGACAUGCCUGCAGACAGAAACAGUGCUGUUAGACUUGGAUGGAUAUUCAUUACCACAAAUCAUAGAUGAUAUAAUUGACAAGCAGAUUGAAGAUGGACUGAUUAAACCAGACGUACGGGAACAGAUCUCAUUCAUCCUCCUGAGGAAGCAUCGCCACCAGACCAAGAAGCCCAUCCAUCGUUCCCUGGUUGACAUUGGGAAGUCAUCCACAGCUUCGUCAGGACAUGCUCAAAGCAGAAGCAUGAAUGAUAUUGCAGAUACACCCAGCACUGACCAGCUCAAGAACAAAUUCAAGAAGAAGAUACCUCGCGAUUCAGAAGCGUCAAACAUCCUUGUGGGAGAAGUGGACUUCCUGGAAAAACCUUUCGUAGCUUUCGUUCGUCUCCUGCAGCCGACAAUGUUGGGCGGACUGACAGAGGUGGCCGUGCCAACAAGGUUUAUUUUUAUUCUUUUGGGGCCUCAAGGAAAAGGCAAAUCUUAUAGUGAGAUUGGAAGAGCAAUGGCCACACUGAUGGUGGAUGAUCUGUUCAGUGACGUGGCUUACAAAGCGAGAGACAGAGAUGACCUGAUAGCUGGCAUUGACGAAUUCCUGGACGAAGUUAUUGUCCUUCCUCCUGGCGAAUGGGACCCCAAGAUCAGGAUCGAGCCUCCCAAGAAAGUGACACCAGCCGAGAAGAGGAAGUCCGUCUACUCUCUCAAUGAGGCAGGACAGAUGAAUGGAUCAGCGGGAUGCGGUGGAGGAAGUGAUGAUGAGGAGAUGCCGGCACCACAUGAGCUCGGGGAAGAGCUGACAUGGACGGGAAGGUUCUGUGGAGGCCUACGGCUGGAUAUCAAGAGGAAGCUUCCCUGGCUGCCCAGUGACUUCUAUGAAGGGUUCCACAUUCAGUCCAUCUCCACCAUCCUCUUCAUCUACCUCGGCUGCAUCACCAAUGCCAUCACCUUUGGCGGAUUACUGGGCGAUGCGACGGACAAUUACCAGGGUGUGAUCGAGAGUUUCCUGGGCACUGCCUUUACUGGUGCCAUUUUCUGUCUAUUCGCUGGGCAGCCCCUCACAAUCCUGAGCAGUACAGGUCCGAUCCUCAUCUUUGAAAAGCUCCUGUUUGACUUCAGCAAAGGUAACGAUAUAGACUACCUAGAAUUUCGGCUCUGGAUUGGUCUCCAUUCCGCUUUUCAGUGCCUUCUUUUAGUUGCCACGGACGCCAGCUUCAUCAUUAAGUACAUCACACGUUUUACAGAGGAGGGCUUCUCCAUGCUCAUCAGCUUCAUCUUCAUCUAUGAUGCAAUUAAGAAGAUGAUCGGAGCCUUCAAGUAUUACCCCAUCAACUCCUUCUACAAGCCCGACUACGUGACCAUGUACAAGUGUGAGUGUAUGGCACCCGACCCAGUGAAUACAACCUUCUUCAAUGCUUCAGAUUCACUGGCUUUGAACAACACUAAUAUUUCUUUGUACAAUGUCAUCAAUACCACAGCACUCGAUUGGAGCCAGCUCAGCAAAAAGGAGUGCCUCAAGUAUGGUGGGAACCUGGUUGGAAAGUCCUGCAAGUAUGUCCCAGACCUGGCCCUAAUGUCUUUCAUCCUCUUCUUCGGCACCUACUCUCUUACCGUGACUCUCAAAAAGUUCAAGUUUAGUCGUUAUUUUCCGACCAAGAUCCGAAGCCUGAUCACUGACUUUUCCACGGUCAUCUCCAUCCUUGUUUUCUGUGGAAUCGAUGCUGCGGUUGGACUGGACACUCCCAAACUGCAUGUCCCCAACAGAAUCAAGCCGACCCGAGCAGACCGUGGGUGGUUUGUAAUUCCUUUCGGGAAAAAUCCAUGGUGGAUCUAUCUGGCCAGUGCUCUUCCAGCUCUCCUUGUCACCAUCCUGAUCUUCAUGGACCAACAAAUCACAGGAGUGAUUGUGAACAGGAAGGAGCAUAAACUGAGGAAAGGCGCUGGUUACCAUCUGGAUCUUUUCUGGGUUGGUCUCCUGGUGGCAGUUUGCUCCUUCAUGGGCCUUCCAUGGUAUGUGGCAGCAACUGUCAUUUCCAUUGCACACAUUGAUGGUUUGAAAAUGGAAACUGAAACCAGCGCACCCGGAGAGCAGCCACAGUUUCUUGGGGUGAGGGAGCAAAGGUUGACCGGUCUUGUUGUGUUCAUUCUCACGGGAGUCUCUGUCUUCCUGGCUCCAAUUCUGAAGUACAUUCCAAUGGCAGUUCUAUAUGGAGUCUUCCUUUAUAUGGGUGUGGCCUCUUUAAAUGGUAUUCAGUUCUGGGAUCGAUGCAAACUGUUCCUCAUGCCUUCCAAGCACCAGCCUGACUACAUCUACCUUCGCCACGUGCCCCUUCGACGGGUCCACUUAUUCACCAUGGUACAAGUCAUCUGCCUCGCUGUUCUCUGGGUCUUAAAGUCCACCGUGGCAGCCAUCAUUUUUCCCAUCAUGAUCCUUGCACUCAUCCUUGUGAGAAAGAUGCUGGAUCUGGUCUUCUCCCAGCACGACCUUGCAUGGUUAGACGACAUCCUACCAGAGAAAGACAAGAAGAAAGAAGAAGACAAGAAGAAAAAAAAGUUGAAGAACAAAGACCAGGACAGAGACAGCGUUGAUGAGGUUUCCUCCCAACCCAAGACUUGCACUCGUUCUGCUCCAAUAAAGAUUCCCUUGGAACAAAUUGAAACACAGAAAAAUGGCUCCCAGGGCCCUGCUAGAGAAAGGUCCUCCAAUUGGAGCUGUGCAUGCUGAAGCAUCACCAAGCAACUCUGAUUCACUCGACCGCAGUAUAACUUUACACCUCAAGAUUUCCUGCCCAUCCUCUCCUGCUUUCAGCUACACCCGGAAUGCCAUUUGCUCAGUUCCACAGUUUAAGAUAGAAAUGGAGUCUGAUUAUGAAGACGUAGACACGGAAAAGGCUCGGAGAGACCUGGGCGGUGAAACCACUUUGUAACCUGUUCUGCCGCAGCUUCAGCCUUGCAACGGGUCCCACCAGGGAGACUUUGUUAGCACCUGGACCUCGCGAACUGUUGACGAGCUGACAGUGUUUGUGUGCAUUAACCCUCCUGAGAACUGCACUUUGUCCAGAUCUGAGUAUUUACUGCAAGCGAAGACUUCUAUGCAUCUGUGCUGUGCUUUAACUGUGCUGUGUAAAAUAUGUUUUAAAGGACAAAGACACUAUUAUUAAAAGUUAGGAAACAACAGGUAGUGCCAAUCAGAUGAGACUGCAACAUAUUGCAAGACAUUCCAGGAAUUAGGAAGUUGCUUUGCAGCAAUUGUAAGUUCUCUUAUGACAUUUAACUUUGAUGUUAUAAAGAGGUUGACCCAAGGCUUAUGUAUAUGCAUCCUUUGCCAUGGU